AUGUCGAAGAAUCUAGCAAAGAAGCAGUUAAGAAGCUUGCAGGAGAGUAUUGCCAAGGAAGAUUCUCACGGCAAAGAGGACAAGAAGAUGUCUAAGUCCAUGAUGAAGAGGAGGAGGGAGAAGGCCUUUCCUGUGACCUUCCGUCCAAAGCCAACGAUUAACGCGAAAGAAAAGCGCAUGAAGCUGAAUCUGCAAAGGAAAAUAGCGGAAAAAGAGCGAAUCCAGGAGACUUGCAAGCACUCGAUCAAGGUGCUAGCAAAGCGUUUCAAUGUCGACCCUGAGAAGCUGAAGAAGAAAGAAGAGAAGAAGAAGAAAGAGGAAGAGGAGGACGACGAUGACAUUGAUGAGGAUCUUCUUGAUCUGAUUUAA